AUGCAGCGCGAGAAUGUCGCCGCCAUCGACGUCAUACUGGAGAUCGAGGAGAACGCGGAUAUGAGGUGCAAGUGGUACAAUGAGGUCGCGGGGAAUAAUCCCGCUGUCAUGCUUGGCAAGGUCAAGCAUGAAGACGAGGUCCGGAAGUUGACGGACAAGUACGAGGAACGCCAGGCACGCAAGGUGGAUUACCAACUCGCCCCGCCGAUGAGUGGUAUCACCAACCAGCUAGGUCACAUCCCUCAGCCAAACCCUUGUCUCCAGCCGCAGGUAGUAGCUGGUCAAGAUCGCGCUCGCCGCAACUCUACUCCCGCUCCGGAGAGCUGGCGCAAGCGCCGGUUCGACGAUUUGUAUGACGCCGAGGAAGACGAGUCCUCUUCCCCGUACGUCCGAUCCAAGCCUAUAGAGUACAUCGAGAACGAAGUCCGCCGCGGCUACAUCUUCACCAAGCGUACGGCUGCGCUUUUCAAACAUGCAAACGAAAUGUCAGUCCUCACCGGCUGUCAGUACAUGCUGUGUGUUGUGAUGGGCACGCGGAUCUACCGUCACACGUCGCCCAAGCUCACGCCCAUGCUGUUUGGAAAAAAGGCAGAGUGGAAUCUCCUGGACACCAUUGGCGCAGCAGACGGGAUCUACCUGGAUCUAACGAACGAACACGAGGAGACCGCGCUGUUGGGGCUCCUGGUGCCGGAGCCUCUGGUUUUAGAGCUUCUUGCCCUGAUGCCUAUGGCCCUGGUAUCUAUGGCCCUGGUAUCUAUGGUCCUGGUACAUAUGGCCCUGGUGCGUCUGGUCCUGGUGCCUAUGGUCCUGGUACCUAUGCUACCCCUGCCCAUGGUCCUGCUGCCUAUGGUCCUGGUGCGACUUGCCCUGGUCAUUAUGGUCCUGCCCCCCAUGGUCCUGGUACCUAUGGUCCUGCCAGUAACUAUGGUCCUGGUGCUUCUGGUACUGCUGCACAUGGUCCUGGUGCGACUGGCCCUGGUGGCACUGGCCCUGGUGCCUAUGGUCCUGGUGCUUAUGAUUCUCGUGCCUCUGGCCCUGGUGCGUCUGGUCCUGCUGCCUAUGGUCCUGGUACCUAUGUUCCUGGUGCCUCUGGUACUUUUGCCCCUGGUUGGUCUGGUCCUGGUACCUAUGGUCCUGGUGCUUCUGGUACUGCUGCCCAUGGUACUGCUGCCCAUGGUCGUGUUGCCUCUGUCCCUGGUGCGACUGGGCCUGGCGCUGCUGUUCCUGAUGCGUCUGCUCCUCGUGCCAGAGCCCCUCGUGCUCCUAGAGCCCCGUCUGUUAAAGCCACUGGUGCCUCUGGCCCUGGUGCCUCUGGCCCUGGUGCGAUUGGCGCUGGUGCGACUGCUCCUCGUACCAGAGCCCCUCGUGCUCCUAAAGCCACCGGUUCUAAAGCCACUGGUUCCAAAGCUACUCGUGCCAGAGCCCCUCGUGCUCCUAAAGCCACUGGCUCCAAAGCCUCUGGCGUUGGACGCGCCGGUAGUACUGGAGUCUCUGACUCCGACUUUGGACCCGCUGGCAGUGGACCUGCUGGCAGUAGACCCGCUGUCAGUGGACCCUCCUGGCUCGGACCCAUUCAGUCUGGAGGCUCUGACUUUAGCCCCGCUGGUACUGCUGGAGCCCGUGACUUUGGACCCGCUGAUAGUGGACCCUCUUGGCUUGGAACCCUUCCGACUGGACGCUCGGGCGUUGCACCCCCUGCUUCUGAGAUCAAAAUGCGAUGAUCCGUCACUUUCUGUCGCCUAA